AUGAGAGAUAUAAUUUUUGUUGGUGUUGUUGUUGAAAAGCGUGAAUGUUAGUUUUAUCAAAAAUACGUGUUCAGUUUCGUCCUUUGUAGAUUGUCGCGCGUGUCGUAACCUGGCUUUGUCUUGUUAUAGCCAAAUUGCUCAUAUCGCAAAAGAUGCCUUCUCCAGAUGCAAUAGUGAUAGUUCACGCUGGAGUUGGGCGUCGUAGUGAACUUUCCGCUCGAGAAGUGUCUGAGCUCUGCGAGCGAGCAGCACAUGGCGGCCGCUUGGUUGGAUGCGCUACUGGAGAUCCUACGGCAGCCGUUGUUGAAGCCAUUCGCAUUUUAGAAGAAAGCCCAUACACCAAUGCUGGAACAGGUGCCAACGUUAAUCGCGAAUGUGUUGUUGAAUGCGAUGCGAGCCUUAUCGAGGGGUGGUCUCAGCGCGGAGGAUCUGUUGGCGCCGUUCCUUCGGUCUCCAACGCGAUCCUGAUCACACAGAAAAUGGUAUCUAAGCCAAAAAGUCCUGCUUGCCUCGUUGGUCCUGGGGCACUUUCAUGGUUCCGGGCAAAUGGCGGAGAGAUGCCUGAAAAAGAGCUCAUUACAGGUCAACAGAGAAAGAUGUAUGCAAAAUACAUGGCUGGCGCGACUACUGCAGCACGUGCAAAGGCAACUCCUGCAACAGAAACCCCCUCGCAAGCUCCUGGCGGGAGUGGCGAAUCAGAAAGUUCACAAAAUAAGUUUCGUAUGGAUACAGUAGGUGCAAUUGCGCUGGUUAGAGGCCGCAUAGCUGCCGGAGUCUCUAGCGGUGGUAUCUUUCUCAAGCAUCCCGGACGGGUUGGACAAGCGGGAGUUUACGGAGCGGGCUGUUGGGCUAAUCGCACAGUGGGUGUAUCUACGUCAGGGUCAGGUGAGCAUCUCAUUCGUACUAUGCUGGCAAGUCGUUGUGUUGCCGCUCUCGAUACUGCGGUCAAGAAGAAACCUGACGAUGGUGAUGGCAACAGCGAGAUUGAAGAUCUUCCACCCGCUAUGAAGCUAAAGAAUUUUCUGCAAACAGAAUUUGUUGAAGCAACCUGUUUACGCGGUGAAGGUAUCGGCGGUAUGGCCGCAGGAGUGAUAGGUCUUAUAUAUGACGACGAGCUGGAGUUGUGCGAUCUUGUAUGGGCGCAUACCACCGCUAGCUUCAUCCUCGCGUUCGCUGGCCCAGGGACGCCAAAAGAAGUUCUGAGUUCGGAAGUAUGCCCACAGCACAAUAUCGAAACAGUUGACAAAAUAGAAGUUUAUGCUAGCGGAACGACGCUGCGGCUCUCUGAAGAUUAAGAUACAAAGUAUAAUCUUUCUUCUACUGUAUAUAAAAUUGUAACACA